UCCAACUUCAAGAAAUCGAACCUUUAUUGAUAAGUGAUGCUCUCAUUUCCUCUUUCAUCUCUCGUCUUUUUUAGUUUCAUGUUUCAUAUCAAUCCUUGCUGUUGCGGGCUCUUUCUUAAUUUCUCAACGUUUUUUUUUUGCACUCUCGUUUGUGUUGCUUGUAUUUCCUCAUUUCUGCGCUUUAUUUUCCUGGUUUUGUGAUAUUUCUUCGAGAAGAAAAGUAAAAAAAAAAAAAAAACUGCUCUUUCAAUUUGUCACUGCCUUUAUCUCCCAAAAAAAAAAAAACAGAAAAGAAAAAGAUGGGAAGUUACUCCGCCCCUCUGUUUUCAUUUUCUCAGUUGGACUCCUUUCUUGUCUUGUUGAUGUUCCUUUCAUGUUUGAUUUCACAAGUUCAUCAUCUUUCAGAUCAGUUUAUGGUUGUUUUUGAUUCGUGUGAAGCAUCUGUUUCUUAAGGUUGUUCUGAACACCAUAAAAGGAUGUAGUCUCAUGCUUGAUCUGUGUUGGAACACUAAGGAAAGCUGAUUAAUCGCUGGUGGUUGAUCGGAGGCUUAUAGAUCUUCAAAUUGUGCAAAGAUUCACAUCUCUAUUAUUGAGAAUAUAUUGUUUGAUUCUAGAAGUUGCUUCCAAAGAUGUCGUCAAAAGAUGACGAGUCCGGAAGGGGUAAAAAGGCCCUUGGUGCUAUAGUAUUCACCACCGGUAGCAGUGAUUAAUCCCUUCGUCGCGGGGUCUCUCACAAGAAAGCAAACGGCUAGCUAUAGAGUGCUUUUCAUUAACAUAAGUGAGAAAUUAAACCUCCCAUCACAUGUUUAAAGGAUGAAACGAAUUUGAUGUCUUUUUAAAUCCCACUAGGGGCGACGAUUGGAACACCAGAGCCCGCCAAUACCAGGAAAAGAGCUGGGCUCAUCCAAGAGCAAGUUCCCAAUAAGUAGCGUCCUCUUGUCACGGUUCAUAUGACUGGGUCCGCGAGGAAAAAGAUGUCUGAGUCAACUGAGGAUCCCAUUCCUACAAAGGAAGAAAUUGAUCUGCUAUGUCUGAUGAGGAUGAGGGAUUUUUUAUGCCUCAUCUUGAGCUACCCCAUGAAGCUUGACUAUGAUGAAAUGUUUCUGAAGUCAUGGAUGUCCCAAGUUUCAAUGUCAAGAGACCAAUAUUGUUCGCAGGAAAGGCUCCAACAUCUUGUGUCUGAAAGUCCACUGAAAUAUGUGAAAGGGAUAAUACCAGAGGACAUAACAGAAGAGAUUAAGAAUGAUGGUAGCAUCAUCUUCAACAAAAGCGACUCAAAGGAGCUUGCUACUGCUACCAGCAAAGACCCACCACCCAAUCAUGUGCCUCAACCCAUUCUUGACUUGGCUACUCGUCUUGCUGUUCACCAACUGGCUCAGACUUUUUCUCCAGAAAGCCGUGUUAACUCAUUUUAUUGGAUGGGAGUUGUAUGCUUGUCAACGAGAAAUGAUGCAGAAAAACGAAAUGUCGUGGAAGAGAUCAAAGCAAAUUGUCAGAUCAGCGAGACAUUUGAGAGUCUCCGAAUCAUUCAUCUUAGUGAGACCGAUGAAAUUGAUGAUGCUUCAAUGAUUCGGUAUCUAUCGACUACUAGUGCAGAGUCUUUUAAGAAAGAUUAGGAAUUUGAAGUUUUAGAGCUCCCGGGGGAAAAUAAAAGGCACGGAAAUUUGGUGCUUCUAGUGGAUAGGGAUGGUGACAAAAGAGUAGACCUUCGAAAGUUGCCACGUGUAGCAUAUUUUGGGGGUGGUGUUGUAAUCAUAACAACAGAAUCAUUGCACUCCAAAAUGUUUGAUUGGCUUACAAUGUGGAUGUUAGUAUUAGGACAGAGGAUCAUGUUCUGCCUUGGGAAGUCUUCUGCAAGAAUAUAGGCAAAGGGCUUGUAUGCUCAUCAGGUGACAUCCAGAGGGUUGCAGCGCAGAUCGUUGAGGAGUGUGAUGGCCAUCUUCAUGACAUUGUCUAUGUAGCAGAGUUGUUGAAAGAUGUGGGAGAU